AUGUCUGGGGGCCGCAGCGCAGGAAAGGUCGGAUCCUUCAAUGCCCAGGCGAUGUCGUUCCAAGGUUUUCGAGCCUCCACGCGCCACGCCCCAUGCAUGCUUCUGGUGAUCUUCCUGACCAUGGUGGAUGCCAACCAGGCACCCAGCUUUGACGCAGCCGCACUGCUUGUCCCAGCAAAAGACCUUCCGCUGCGCACGAAAGGUCGUUUUGUUGUGGGUCAGUCGGGCAGGCGUGUGAUGCUUGCCUGUGUGAAUUGGUACGGUGCAUCACAGAGACAGAUGGUGAACAAUGGCUUGGAUGACCAGCCUGCAUCUCUGCUGGCCACCAGGAUUGCUUCCUUCGGCUUCAAUUGCGUGCGGCUGCCUUUCAGCUUGGAAAUGGUCCUUCGGAACGUGUCUGUUCCAAGCCUCAAGGCACUUGCCGGCAAUCCUGAGUGGGCUGGACUAUCGCCAAUGCAGGUUUUCGAUAAAACCGUGUCAGCCUUGACCGACGUUGGUCUGCUCGUGGUCCUCAACAAUCACGUGUCAUCGGCUGGUUGGUGCUGCAGUGGGACCGACGGUGAAGGGCUUUGGUACACGACGAGGUACUCGGAGAAAGAUUGGCUUGAAGGGAUCGGUCUGGUUGCUCGAAGGUACAGAGACAAUUCUCGGGUUGUUGGCUUCGACUUGAGGAACGAGGUGCGGGCCAACGGGAUCGCUUUGCCCACGUGGGGAACGGGCGACCGGCAGACGGAUUGGUCCAUUGCAGCGGCGAAGGGCGCUAAGGAGGUGUUGCGCCACAGCCCGGACUUGCUGAUCGUGGUUUCAGGCAUCCACUUUGGCAUGCGCCUGUCGGAGGUGCCGACUCGCCCUAUCCACGACGAGGUCCCAGCCUUGUGGAACCGUACUGUGUACACCACGCAUUUCUACUAUGGCUGGUCCUUCGACUUGAUGGCUUAUGACAUGCUGGGAAGGAAUAUCCCGACGCUGAUGUUCUUUGCAUGCUGGCUGUGGUUCUUGCUGCUGGCAGAUGCCCAGACGUCCACAACUCGCACGCAGGUGGUCACAAAGGGUGCAGCUCAGGGUACAUACUGCGAGCGUUGGGAGCUUUCUGCUGCGGCUGGAGUGCUGGGCUUGCAGGCAGUGCUUUUCUCGAUCGGAGAGCACCUGGGCCAGACUUGUGGCCACGUCCACAUCGUAUCUCCGCCUGCGUUUGUGGUUGCAACCAGCGUGGGGUUCCACAUCGGCUAUGUCUUCUGGAUAAGGAUUCUGCUGGCCUACACCUUGGUCCUCUUCACAGGAUUCCGCAAUGAGCAGGAGGGCCAGCAGGUAGUGGAGCUCGGGGAGGUCACGGGGCUGCUCGCAGGAGCCAGCGAGGCGACUGAUCUCCGUAGCAGGUUCACAACCUUGAUGUUCACCGUUGGCAAGUGUUUGGCCUCGAAGCACUUGGUGAAGCCAGUGCGCGACAGGAAGAUUCUCUCUGCUGCAGCCGCUGCUGCCCUGCUUUUAGCGGUCUUCGUCGUCGGCGGGAAAUGUGGCUCCUAUUCGAGCUUUCAAGGCGCCUUAGAUGCCUGCCUAGGUCCCUUGCUAAGUGGAGAUGGUGUCAUGCCGGCACCCGUCUGGCUCAGCGAGUCU